AUGAAUCAGCACCAACUUCGAAACGUCUACGACGGGUAUCUGUUUUUCAGAGCCGAUGCUCUCCCACAACAGAGUGCGACAUGGGCUCGGGCAGAGCGCACUCGGAUGGAUUUUACCCAACCUGAAUUCUAUGGUAUGAUCUACGAUCGAGCUUUCGAGAUUUCCGCGGCAAGCCAGUAUCAGGCUCUGUCAGAUGAGCGGCGUGCCCAUGUUAAUCAGCUGAUUCAUGAUCCACGGCAUCAAGACCCCUCUGGCGAGUGGAGUUGUGCCUAUGCGAAAGAACACAGAAGGUUUGUCAAUGGCCGUGAUACUCUUGAGAAUAACGAUGAUGCUAUUGCAAUGACAGUCAUACUCAUGCAAAGGCCCUGGACUCCCAAAGCCUACCCGAGAACCCCGAUGGGUGAUUUGGUUGACCUUCGAAUAUCUCUAUACCUCAAUGGCCAGGGGCACUACGUGAGCGUUGCAACGAUGCCUGGUUUUCCAGCCGGGCACACGCUUCCCCACAAUUAUGCUAUGAGCAAUGUGUACCAAGAGCCCAGGCCAUCGCCGACGCAGGAGCGAGCCAGCAUGACCUGCCUGCGAAAAACGCUUCCCGACCGUCCGCCCAGAAUGAUGAAUCGACCUGCUCUACUGGAAGGGUAA